GCAAAACCACUAAAUUUGAUUUAUUUCCGUACAAGCAUAUACACACGUGGUUGUCAAUUGUCAUAGAUGAAGUUAAACUCUUGGAAAGCAUAGCUGUUGUAUUAAAAGGAAGCAGAAAUUGACUAGAACUCGGAAAUCUAACUUCUCCAGAGUUUCCUUUCGCUAUAAAUAUCAAGUAGAUUGGCCUUUGCUAACUUUCUACCUUUUGAGUGAAUCCAUCGUUGAGGAAAAAACUGUGUGGAACUCAUGGGGCACGAAAUCACAGAGAUAGAUGAAGGUGAAGGGUGUUGGAGAGCAAUUAAAAAGAAGGAUUUGGAGAAAAUGGAUGAGCAACUUGAUCUCCUGUGGGCAAUGCGGGAUCUUAAAGGUAGAGAAAAGAUGGGAGUCUCAAACCAACAAGAAUGGGAACUUAAAGCAAGAGAAAAGGUGGGAGUCUCAAACCAACAAGAAUGGGAAAUUAAUCUCAACGAGAUUAUUUUCAAAGAAUUGCUAGACAAAGACACUUGUGCAGAAGUUUACAAGGGAGUUUAUAACAGUCAAGACGUUAUAGUGACGGUGUUUGAACGGAGAGAAAAGGUCCAAAAGCUGCCAAGCAGUGAAGAAAACAAUUUGCCUGCCUGCAGGAGCCCUUUUAGGGAGAAGGUUUCUUUUUGGUACAAGAUUGAUCAUCCUAAUAUUCUCAAGCUGAUAGGUGCCAAAAUUGAUGAACCAGAAUUUACAUUACGAGCGGAUAAUGAGGAAGUUCGCCUGUUAAGAAACCUGAGUUAUCUUGUAGUUGAGUAUCGAUGCGGGGAUACUCUUAGAUCAUUCCUUUCAAAGAAUCGAGAAAAGAAGCUAGAUUUCACGAUUGUCAUUCAACUGGCACUUCAUCUUGCAAGAGGGUUGGCUUACCUUCACUCAAGGCAACUCAUCCAUGGAAAUGUCAAACCAGAAAACUUGCUUCUUGAUAGAAAUUUCAAGUUGACAAUAACCGAAUUUGAAACAUCUAAUAUGGCAAUUUCAAAUCAUCAGGAGUUGGCAGGCGACAGGCAGACAAUUACUUACAUGGCUCCUGAGGUCAUCGAUUCUAAACCAUACGACAGAAAAUGCGACGUCUAUAGUUUUGGAAUUUGUUUAUGGGAAAUCUAUUGCCGUGACGUGCUUUAUCCCGAUCUUAGUUUUUCUGAAUUGAGUUUAGCUAUUUUUGAUCAGAACCUGAGACCCGAAAUACCCAAGCACUGUCCAAAAGCUCUAGCAAAUGUGAUGCAGCAGUGUUGGGAUACAGAUGCUAGUAAAAGACCAGAGAUGGAACAAGUGGUUUUGAUGCUGGAGGCCCUUGACACACCAAAGGGUAAAAAGAUUAAGUUUCCUGAUGCGCAGAGCUGUUUUUGCUUUCGCAAAUGAGGAAACGUUGUGAAACGAGCAAAUUCCAGUACUCAUCAUUAAAAUCACUAAUGCAUAAUGUUAAAUUGUCAUCAUUAUAGACCUUAGAUUUUGGAGCAAUAUGCUGCUUUUGUAAACCAGCAUUCAGGUAUGAAACCAGUAGCAAUCCAUUUCUAUUUUGUACAAGAAGCAUAGAUAUAUUA